AUGGCGGAGUCUCAUCGUGCCGAUGCUAGCGCUUUCCUCGAUAACCGCGGCUAUACCGGUCCCUUGGUUCGCGGAGUCAAUCCAGUCACCCUCUUUGAGAAGGCCGUGCGCGACCGCAUUACGGACUCCUUUUAUUGGAAGGAACAGUGCUUCGGUCUCAACGCAGCUACUCUUUGCGACCGUGCUGUGGAUUUAACAUUCCUUGGUGGUACAUAUGGUGUCUCAGAAAAACCCUCGCCGUUUCUCUGCCUCGCCUUUAAGCUUCUGCAGCUCAAUCCCGAACGAGACGUCAUUCUUGAAUACCUAAAUUUCAGCGACCCAGGCAGUGACAACGAAGGCGAAGAUGGGGCGGACAACGGCAUACUGAAGGAUCGUGGUGACUUUAAAUACUUGCGCGCACUGGCAGCGUUUUACGUACGACUUACAUUCAACGCGGUCGAUGUCUACAAGACAUUAGAACCUCUGCUCCUUGACUACCGCAAACUAAAACGCCGAGUCCGCGAUUCUUUCACCUUGACAUAUGUGGACCAAUUCAUCGAUGAUCUUCUCACUAAAGACCGUAUAUGUGGUACGAGUCUUUGGAAACUGCCACCCCGCUCACAAUUGGAGGAUCUAGAGAUGCUUGAUGAACGAAUCAGCCCUCUGGCAGAUGAAUUAGAAGAGCUCGAUCGAGAUAGUGAUGACGGAGACGGCAGUCACAGCGAUGAUGGAUCUUCGAGCAAAAAGGACGAGGGUGACGACUGA